AUGGAGAGAUGUGAGAGUCUUUGGCGAAAUAAUCUCGUCCGAGAAACGAGUAGUCGCAAAGAUCAACAAGAUGAUGAGAUACGUGCGCGAAAUAUUCUACUCGCAGCUGUUGUGGCAAUUUCAUGGGAUUUGCUUGCACAAAAGUACGCAGAGGUCUAG